AUGGCCAGCAGAACACGAACGACGGGGAAACGGCCAUGGCACAUUAUCACCCUCAGCACACUCCUACUCCCCCAGAACAGCCACCCGCAGACCAUCUCAACAAACAUGCCCCUGCCGCCCAUGGAAUGGAUCAAACUCAGCCCAGCAGGAACGACAUCCCCGCCCGCACUCAGCCACGGCUGUCUCAGCGGACCGACCUACAACGACCCCACAAGCAGUCUGCCCGGAUUCAACCAAGCAUUCCUCUUCGGCGGACGCUCGGCCGCAGGCACCGCCAACAACGGCCUCUUCAUCCUCGACUACGCCUCAGACACCCCGCGAUGGUCCCAGCCAGCCCCAACCACCUCCACCAUCUUCACAUCCUCCCCUCAGCCCCGCUCCCACCUCCUCUGCGGCUGGGACAGCGCGAGCAACUUCCGCAACCAACUCAACAUCUACGGCGGCCGAUCCGAGGACGGCCAGCCCCUGGGCGACUUCUGGUACUACGAUCCAACCAACCGGUUCUGGGCUCAGCCCAAAGACCUCCAGCCCACCGACCAUCCCCCCAACUACGGCGCCCUCGGGGGCAUCGAUCCGAGCUAUCUGCCCGCCCCUCCAGGCACGUCCAACGCGAUCAUCUAUCUCGGCGGCGCCAACGGGAGCCAUGCCACCAACACCCUCACUCCCUCCGCCCUCUCCAUCGAUGGCCAACUCGGCAGUAACACCAACACCAUCACCGUCAACCUCACCUCCCUCGCACCCGCUCUCACCGGCAAUCCCGCAGCCAAUAACCUCUACAACGGCCGCUGGGGCGCAACGGGUACCAUCAUGCCUGGUUCAAAACUGGUUGUAUUCUCUGGCUGUAAUGACGAUCCAGGGAACGAGUUCCGGGAGACGGUUGACCCGAGCUGUUCGCUGACGAAUGGCGGCAUCCUGUCCUUCGAGUCGGGCUUCACGGCCUCCCAACUCCCCACGCGCCCGACCCCGCCGCGGAGCUCGUGGGCGGCGUUCAACUAUUGUCCGGCCCCACGGGUGGGAGGGACGAUGGUCGCGAACCGGAACCGGUUCGACAGCUCGUAUGCGAACCAGGCGAUCAUGAUCGGCGGGCGGACGGACAGCAAGAACUGGGACGACCAGGGAGGGGCCAAGGCGGGCGAGGUGGACGUGCUGGACAUCUCGUCGGGCGUGUGGGCCCGGGUGCUGCCGAUGCGGCGCGACAACGCGACGUUCACCCAGAAGGAAGGCCUCCUGGCACUCGCCCUGCCCUCGCGCAUCGGCCCCAGCUCAGCAAGCUCGGACGCCAGCCGCAGCCCCACCGACAUCCUUGUGUACGGCGGCAUCGACACCGCCUCCGGCCAGGCCUCCAACGAGCUCUGGAUCCUCCGUCUCCAUCCCGCCAAGCUCACCGGCAACGGCACCGCCGACGGUGUCACCAUGGCCUACAUGCCUAGCUGCGUCACUCCCACGCCCCAGAACAAGCGCAACACCUCCAAGACCACUGCGGGCGGCGGCGUGCCGGGCAGCGGCUCGGACGCCUCGCCCGGUGGCCUCGAAGCCCCGUCCGGCCAUCUGAUCUUCUCCGCCGUCGCCCUCGCCAUCCUCAUGAUCUCUCUCACCGUCCUCCGCUGCGAAGAGCCAGGCAAGCUGUCGAUCCGCUCCCGCUGGCGCACCCCUCGUCUGUGGCUGCUCAUCGGCGCCUGGCACACCCUGGUCACCAGCUGCGGCCUGCUGGCCCUCGCCGUCGUCGUCGCCCUCUUCGAGACCCGCGUCUCCCUCCCUGCGCUCUCCCUCGCCCGCCGGGGGCUGUUCUCCGGACACACCAGCUACGCCAAGCUCGGCCCAAAAGAAACACUCGCCCGGAGCACCCAUGCCAGACUCGGCCUGGCCAUCGCUAUCGUCGGCUUCGUGCUCGUGCCCGCGCUCUAUCUGCUCAGCUGGCUCGACGAGUCCCUCGAAGCUCGGCGGAAGAAGCACCAACAGUCGUCGGCUGACGCGGGGCCUCGCAAGCUCAAGGCCAAGGGCUCCCCAGGCGGGGCCGGCCUCACCCGACGCGCGUUGGAACGCAUGGUCCUUCUCGGCAGGCAGCCCUUCGGCGCCAAGCAGCCGGCCAACAACUCCUCCAAGGAAGGCUCCUUCGGGACCGAGAAACAGACCGACCUGGCCGACCAACACCACUCCGUCCCAUCCACGCGUCCAUCAUCCAAACGCCCCCCGUUAGCCGGCGCGGGCAGCCACGAGGGCCAUGACUCCACCUCGACCUCGAACACGAGCACCCAGCUGCUCUCCGCGCCUCCUCCUGCGGAAGAAGACGCGCUACAGGAGACUCUUGCGGCGGGUGCGGCGGUGGCCCGGAAGCCAUCGCCGUCGAAGCUCAAGCUCGACCACAAGCCGCCCGAGCGUCCGCUCGUCCGCUCGCCCUUCGCCAAGGUCUUCCACUACAUCCCCGGCCGGAGAGGCAGCGGCUCGGACCCGACCGACGGCCACUCGUCGCCGGCAGCCUCUGUGCCCUCGUCGGCGGCCCCAAGCCCCGGCUUCGAGGUCCUCAAUCGCCGCCCGCCUCCCCGUCGACCCAGGCCCCGGGCAUCACUCGACAUCAUGAGCGACGCCGGCUCGUCGAGCUCGCUCAGCGGCGACAUCCAUGGCCGGCCGUCGUUCUCGAGCUUCCAACACCAACAACAAGUCGCCCAGCAGAUCAUCUCGCAAGGCCAACAGCCGCACCCAGGCUCUGUAGCCGGGGGAGGAGUGGGCAAGCGGAGCACGAUCGGCAGUCGGCUGCACGGCCUCUCGUUCUACGGCGGCUCGCAAGCGGGCACCUCCGUGGCCCAUGCGGGCGGCCCAGUGGCCGGAUACUUCCACCCCUACCCGCACCCCGACUUUGUCCGGGCCGUCGACGAGCCCGACCCGGACCAUCCCGGCUCCCUCGUCCUCUACGACUCCCAUCGCCUCUGGGCUCACUCCGACGACGACCACCUCCAUCCCCCCGAUCUCGCCGCAGACCCCCCCGGCCCCGACGGCCUCCCCAUCAGAGACUCCUACCUCGUCGAUCGCGAGGUCCAGAUCGUCACCACCGCGCCGAAACGCGUCUUGGCCGUCGUCAAUCGUUGA